AUCUAACAUCCAAUAUCUCAAAGAUACUAUUCAACGUCUUUUUCUGAAGAGUCAAUAAAUAGUCUUCAGGAUGAAUGGAAAGCUUUAGUAGCAUAUCUUAAAUCGACGCAAUCACUUGAAGAGUAACAAAAUUAUGAUGUCAACACCACCACCUCUCGAUACUCAAUUCGAUCCUACCACAAAGACUUGGAGUGGCCCACCUGAAAAUCAUGACAAAAGUCGACAGAUUGGCGAAUAUGUGCUAGAUGUUCUGAAAAAUGCUGUGAAUCAGGACAAAAUUGUUCAGAUAUUUCAUGAGACUGGUGAACGAACGAGUGUCAGAGAAAUGUAUCUGAAAAUUGUUCGGAUCGGGCUACGGUUGCAGAAAGCUGGUGUACAGCCUGGUGACGUCGUAUCAGUAAUAUCACAGGUUUAUCCGACAACGACAGCUGUAUUGACUGCGAUUCUUGCUAUUGGUGGCGUUGCUAGUUUUUUGGACAGUAGUGCAGUGACUUAUUACAAGGACGAAAAGAACGAUCUACGACGAACGAAGCCCAAGUUCAUAAUUUGCGAUGCCGGAAUAGUCGAUGAAAUAAUGGAAUUCACUGACGGUCAGCCAAUAAUAACAUAUGGUGAUAACGGUGGCAAAUAUCCGACAAUGGACGACUUCCUUGUGAAUUACGAGCAGGAAGAGGAGGAACUGAUACCCGCUAAAUUUGAACAAAUCGACAAAGUUACGGCAGUGAUUAUACCCACGUCUGGCACAACUGGUAUGCCAAAGCUCAUUUGUUUGUCUCAUGCAAUGGUGUUAAGCCAUUUCUUUCGUCCAAUUGUACAUUACGACUCGUAUGAGCUGAUAUCACUCAACAAUUGCCCAAUGUUUUGGAUCAGCGGUGUAGUUGCGUCACUACAAGAUUUGACCGAAUUGAGAACGCGCAUCGUAACCAACCUGAAAUCCACACCCGAGUCAAUAAUUGAACUGAGUCUAAAGUACAACGUAACCGACGUAUUUUGCAACUCUGCCCAAUUCACAGGGUGUGCGCAGCUUUUGCAAAAAAUCAAAACAGAACUGCCGACGAUCAGAGCCUUUUCUGCUAGCGGCACAACGGUUCCAUAUCAUUGUGUUUUGGAAUUGAGAAAGUAUUUUCCGAACGGAUAUUGCAUGUCUGGCUAUGGACUAUCCGAACUCGCUGGUAUCAUUUCGAUUGACAUUUUUGGACCAGAGGGAAGUGUGGGAUUAUUGACGAAAGGAAUGCAACUUAGAAUUAAAGAUGAAGAUGGUGGACUACUAGGCCCUAAUGAGACAGGUUACGUCUGGGCGAAAUGUGAAUCCGAAUUUCUGGAUUACCUCAACAACGAACCGCCGAGACACCUUAAAUUUGACGACGAAGGAUUCAUAAAUUCGUUUGAUAUUGGUUACUUUGACGACGAUGGCUUCCUGUACGUAACUGGGCGCAGAGAAGAUAUGCUGGAAUUCAUGCACCAACCCGUUUAUUCCACAAAAAUCGAAACAAUCUUAUUAUCGCAUCCCGAUGUGAUCGAUGUCUGUGUGGUCGGUGUACGAGUACCACCAUAUUUCGACAUUCCAACGGCAAUUGUGGUCAAAGAAGCCGACAGUCAAGUAACUGCUGAAGAUAUCCAUUUGUGGAUCAAAGACAAACUGCCGAGCGAUUUGUAUAAGUUACGGGGAGGUAUCUAUUUUGUGGAUGAGUUACCCAGAACCAUUACCGGAAAGGUCAAAAAACAUUUGGUCAAAAUGCAAGCAUUCGAAUUGUACCAUGAAAGUGGAACGAAUAUUGAAGAUUUCAAAUACUGAGCAAGGCAACCAAAUAUAUCCGUUACACAGCGGGAGAGUGUCUUUU